UUGAAUAUUUCACUUUUAGGCAGUUCCCCAUCAGUCAGGCUCACGCAUCCGAGCCGAGCUGAAGCCAACUCCAGCCAUGGGCAGCACCAGGAGGGCUGAGAUCUGAUCGCACGCAGCAAGCCCCGGGAUCUUCGGCUCAAUUCCACCUCCAAGCCCGGCGGCAGCAGCACACACACACACACACAUUUAUACAUCCCCGCGUCGGCAGAGCCGCUGAGCAAACACCUUGUCUCUCCUCCCCAGGAUAUACCCGCUCGCACGCAUCUCCCUUGCUCUCCUCCUGGCUUCCCGGAGGAUCCUGCCGGCUGUUUUCCAUGGAGAAAGUCCAGGGAGAAAUGGAGAUUGAGAGAUGGGAAAGAAGUGAAGAGAUCUCAGACGCAGAGAAAAAGGUGAUUCAAGAGACAUGGAGCAGAGUCUAUGCAAACUGCGAGGACGUGGGGGUCUCCAUACUCAUCAGGUUUUUUGUCAACUUCCCCUCGGCCAAGCAGUAUUUCAGCCAGUUCAAGCACAUGGAGGACCCCUUGGAGAUGGAGAGGAGCUUGCAACUGCGGAAGCACGCUCGGCGGGUCAUGGGUGCCAUUAACACUGUGGUGGAGAACCUCAAUGACUCCGAAAAGGUCUCCUCGGUUCUGGCCCUGGUGGGCAAGGCCCAUGCCCUCAAGCACAAAGUGGAGCCCAUCUACUUUAAGAAACUGACUGGUGUCAUGCUGGAGGUCAUCGCUGAGGAGUACGCCAACGACUUCACCCCGGAGGCGCACGGUGCCUGGACCAAGAUGAAGACCCUCAUCUACACGCACGUGACGGCGGCGUACAAGGAGGUGGGCUGGGCGCAGUACCCCACCGCCACCCUGAUGCUCCCGGCGCCGGUGGAGGAAGCAGCGCUGAAGGCACCGAGGUGCUCCCGGACACCUGAACCUGCGGCGUGCCGGGAGAGGAGCCUCCUGUGCUCCCUGCUCCCAGUAGGGGCAGCUCCAUCCCCCGGGACGAGCACCAGCUCCACUCCCUGGGGCAAACCAGCGCAAAGGCAUCCCCGUUGCUCGGCGCAUUGAACCCCGAAGCAAACGGCUUUGCUGCCGGGAGGAUUCCCAGCCCCAUGCAGCUGGGACAUCCACUGCUCUUCAAUACAAGCCCUCUUUAUGGGCCAGUGUGUCUGCUUUAAGGGAAGGCUUUCAAAAGCCACCCUGCGGGUGCUGCUGUUUGCAUGUGGGAUCAGUUCGGAGGCUGAUGUUCCAAACGGCUCCUGAAAUAAAAGCCAUCGGGCUCUGCUGCA